CGGAGCAAAAGGCAUGAAGUUGGAGGUGUUCGGCCCCCGCGCGGCCCUCGGGGACAAGCCGGGGAGUGACGUGGAAGGCGCGGGCGGCAGCGACGCGCCGUCUCCGCUGUCGGCCGCCGGCGACGACUCCCUGGGCUCGGACGGGGACUGCGCAGCCAACAGCCCGGCAGCGGCGGGCGGCGGCGCCGGGACGCUGGCGGGCGGCGGCGAGCGGAGCGCGGGCGGCGGGCCGGGCGCCCAAGAGGCCGGCGCGGCGGCGGCGGCGGCGGCUGCGGCCCCGGAGGCGGGCGCGGCGGGGCCGAGCGAGGGGGGCGCGGGCGGCGGCGAGGGCGCGCGCGGCAAGCCGUACACGCGGCGGCCCAAGCCCCCGUACUCGUACAUCGCGCUCAUCGCCAUGGCCAUCCGCGACUCGGCGGGCGGCCGCCUGACGCUGGCCGAGAUCAACGAGUACCUCAUGGGCAAGUUCCCGUUCUUCCGCGGCAGCUACACGGGCUGGCGCAACUCGGUGCGCCACAACCUCUCGCUCAACGACUGCUUCGUCAAGGUGCUGCGCGACCCUUCGCGGCCCUGGGGCAAAGACAACUACUGGAUGCUCAACCCCAACAGCGAGUACACUUUCGCCGACGGGGUCUUUCGUCGCCGCCGCAAGCGCCUCGGCCACCGGACGGCGCUCCCCGGCCCCGGGCCCCGGCCCUCGGACGCCGCCGCGCCCCCAUCGCCCUCGCCCGCCGCCUCCGCCCCGGGCCCGGCCUCGCCCCGCGCGCGCUCGCCCGCCCGCCCGGAGGGGCGCGCCAGCCCCGCGGGCAGGUUCUCCGGCCCCUUCGCCAUCGACAGCAUCCUCAGCAAGCCCUUCCGCAGCCGCCGCACCGGGGACGCGGGCCCCGGGCCGCGCCUGCCGUGGGGCGCGGCGCCCUGCCCGCCGCUGCCCGCCUUCCCCGCGCUCCUCCCCGGCGCGCCCGGCGGGGCCCUGCUGCCGCUCUGCGCUUACGGCGCGGCGGAGCCACCCAGGCUGGGCGCGCGCGGGGCCGAGGCACCGCCCCUCCUGCUAGCGCCCCUGGCCGCUCCAGCCCCGGCCAAGCCGCUCCGAGGCCCCGCCGGCGGCGCGCACCUGUACUGCCCCGUGCGGCUGCCCGACGCCCCGCACGCGGCCUCGGCCCGCGCGCCCGGCCAGCACCUGCCCUGCGCGCUGGAGACGCUCCUGGCCUGAGCGCGCCGGAGCCGACGGGGUGGGCACCUUCGGGGAGGCAGGAUCGCAGGCUGGGGCUGUGUGCUUCCCACCCCGAGGACAGAGACUGCAAAAGACACAUCGCCACCAAACGUGCCUUAAAGCUAAAGCGUUUUGACAGAAGUGUUCCAAGUUCGUUCCGAAGAUCUCCCGUCGUCUUAGACCGUUCCAGAGGGCCAAAGCAGUUCUUACCGACUGUUUCAGUUUCUUGACCAAGACUGUCCCUGCUCCAUCACGGAGACCUUUCCUCGCGUCUUGGGGCCGAGGCUCUGCCUUAUUCCUGCUGUUUCCAUUGCACCUUCCAGCGAUUUGCUCCUUAAAAAAAACAAAACAGAGCACGUCAGGGAACCAGUCCAUGGGAUCAACGAUUCGACUACUGUGGGGUUACCGGGGGCCCCUGCCUUGUGCGGGUGGCAUUUACAGGUGCGGCGGAGUGGGGGUGGGGGUCAGAGAACCUUCAGCCUUUUCUCUGCUAUUGACCAGCUUUUCACUGUGCCAGAAGAUGAAAAGUAUAAAUAUUGCUGGCGUUUGUAAUUAAAUUAUUUAUAUAUUUUUGAAACGCGAAUUGAAAAUGUUGCAGGCAACGGCUCCGGCUUUCUUCACGGUUGGGUUAUCUCUUAACUGUGGUCCCCUCGGGCCGCACAGUCUCUUCCAAGGAAAAGCUCACAGUCUGUCUGUGGGUCACCACUGCCAUGUGAAAGCGAGUGUGAUUUUUAUUUUUAAUAUUAUUUUAUUUGUGUCUGUGUACAUAUCCGUGUAUAAACUUGAUGAAACCCAGGCAUAAUGCUUAUUUUUUAAUAAAACACAAUUGACCUUA